AUACUGAAAAGUAACGAUGGAGUCUGCUACCUCUUCUAAGCGGCAACGAGUUGGUAAUGUACAACGUGCGGCGAGGGAUACAGAGGACGAGGAGGAAGAGAAGAUGUUUGAUGUACGGAGCGUGAACAAAGAUGUGGAUGUUGAUUCAAAAAUAGCUGCUCUCAAGGUUUCUCUGUCUGUUGUGUGCCUCUUGUCCCGCACAGGUGGUAAGAAUUUGUGUAGAUGCUCGGGGACGGUCGUAGAAUGUGAGUGCAAACAAGAGAUUGGUGGUGGGGGUGGCGGCGGUGAAUUUGUUGCUACCAUCCUCACUUCUGCUAACCUUCUCAGAUUUCCUGCUUAUUCUAGAUAUACUUUUUUGGCCCCUGACAUCACCGUUGAGGUUUAUUUAUCAAAGGGCAAGCCAUUGAAGGGACAAGUUCUUGGGUAUGAUUUCCACUACAACCUUGCCAUCAUUCAAAUCACAACCGACUAUCCUCUUCCUACAGCAAUUCUCACAGACAUAGAUGUUUCGAUGCCUCUAACUCCUACACCUCUGCUCACUGAUUCAAAACCAUUUGGCCUUCGUCCUCAUACGGUAGAUUCAAGUUUGUUUAAGCUCCGUGGCGGUGACAAGGUAAUAGCCUUGGCCCGAACUCAUACCUGCCAUUGUCUUCUAGUUGAAUCUGGCACGUUAAGUAUCUAUAAGAGCAGCGGGCUUCAUUGUCAAGAGCUCCUCUACACUUCUUGCAAGACAACUCAUGUUUAUAUUGGCGGGCCUCUUAUAAAUUGUGAUGGAGAGGUCAUUGGGAUUGUUUUUCAUUAUGAUGGCUAUGCUGCUUUUUUGCCCAUCAACAUAGCUUCUAGAUGCAUGCAGCUUUUAAAGAGAGACAGGGGAGUCUGUCAUCCUUGGUUGGGGAUGACCCUGACCAAUUCUUACGCUGCCAAGGCAUCUGUUUUGGAGGAAAUAAUCCAAAAGUUCCCUCAUAUCAGCAAUGGAAUUAUAGUUAAAGACGUAAUGAAAGGGUCUCCUGCAGCACAUGCUGGAAUAGUCUCCAAAGACAUUAUAGUGGAAUGUGAUGGAGAAGUUGUUAGAUGUUCCUUAGAGUUUUGUAGAAUGGUGUGGAAUAGGGCUAGCCAAUCCGUGGAAGUGGUUGUGAUGAGACCAAGUUCCAGCAAGCAUGUGAAGCUGACUAUGGUUGCUGAUGAGUUAAAACCUGCUAGUUAUAACUGGCAAGUCCUUUUUCAUUUGUUUGUAUGUUGGUUUUCGUAUAGAAAUGCAAGGUGGCACUAAAAUAGAGAGUUUAUUAAUUGGUUUAUCUUAGGUGUCAUGAUGUUUUUGGGUAGGCUUGUCCCUAUAUAUAUAUAUUCCGAAACAAUUGAUUUUCUACAUGUUGAUUUUUAAAAAUAUAAUUAGGUAAACAUUAACUCACUGGAUGAUUGCAUAUUUGUAUGAGCUUUCUACAAGUUUCUCUCAUAUGUUUAUUCCUUGCUGUCUUGGGUUUU